UUGAUAUACAGUAUACUGAUAUGAACCAGAAUAAUGUUUUACACUUAGUUUUAUAUAGUUACAGAUAUGGUAAAAAUGGAAGUGAUGGGUUGCUACAGUGUGUAAUUAAAUUAAUUAAAGCUGGUAUAAAUGUCAACCACCUGAAUGAAGACCGACAAACACCUAUAAUUAUAGCUGCUGUGAAAGGAUUGUAUAACAUUGUUAUAUAUCUGAUAGAUCAUUGUGUUGAUAUACAGUAUACUGAUAUGAACCAGAAUAAUGUUUUACACUUAGUUUUAUAUAGUACAUGGCAAUGUGAUGAAUUGUUACAGUGUGUAAUAAAAUUAGUUAAAGCUGGUGUAGAUGUCAACCAUCUGAAUGUAGACCAACAAACACCUAUAGAUAUAGCUGCUAGGAAAGGAUUUUAUAACAUUGUUAUAUAUCUCAUAGAUCAAUGUGUUGAUAAACAAUAUACUGAUAUGAAACAGAAUAAUUUCUUACACUUAGUGUUAGGUAGUGGAAGGAGUGGAAGGACAUAUGAUGAAAUAGAAAGUGGGUUAUUACAGUGUGUAAUGAAAUUAGUUAAAGAUGGUGUAGAUGUCAACCAUCUGAAUGUAGACCAACAAACACCCAUAGAUAUAGCUGCUAUAUUGUAUAACAUUGUUAUAUAUCUGAUAGAUCAUUGUGUUGAUAUACAGUAUACUGAUAUGAACCAGAAUAAUGUUUUACACUUAGUUUUAUAUAGUUACAGAUAUGGUAAAAAUGAAAGUGAUGAGUUGCUACCUUGUGUAAUUAAAUUAAUUAAAGCUGGUAUAAAUGUCAACCACCUGAAUGAAGACCGACAAACACCUAUAAUUAUAGCUGCUGUGAAAGGAUUGUAUAACAUUGUUAUAUAUCUGAUAGAUCAUUGUGUUAAUAUACAGUAUACUGAUAGGGAACAGAAUAAUGUCUUACACUUAGUUUUAGAUAGUACAUGGCAAUAUGUUGAAAUAGAAAGUGAUGAAUUGUUACAGUGUGUAAUAAAAUUAGUUAAAGCUGGGGUAGAUGUAAACCAUAUGAAUGAAGACCAACAAACACCUAUAGAUAUAGCUGCUAGGAAAGGAUUUUAUAACAUUGUUAUAUAUCUCAUAGAUCAAUGUGUUGAUAAACAAUAUACUGAUAUGAAACAGAAUAAUUUCUUACACUUAGUGUUAGGUAGUGGAAGGAGUGGAAGGGAAUAUGAUGAAAUAGAAAGUGGGUUGUUACAGUGUGUAAUGAAAUUAGUUAAAGCUGGUGUAGAUGUCAACCAUCUGAAUGUAGACCAACAAACACCUAUAGAUAUAGCUGCUAUGUACCAAUUGUAUAACAUUGUUAUAUAUCUGAUAGAUCAUUGUGUUGAUAUACAGUAUACUGAUAGGGAACAGAAUAAUGUCUUACACCUAGUGUUACAAAGGGAAAGAAGAUAUAGUGAAAUAGAACGUGAAGAGUUGCUACAGUGUGUAAUUAAAUUAGUUAAAGCUGGUGUAGAUGUCAACCAUCUGAAUGAAGAACACCAAACACCCAUAGAUAUAGCUGCUGCUAGUAACAGAUUGUAUAACAUUGUUAUAUAUCUGAUAGAUCAUUGUGUUGAUAUACAGUAUACCGAUAAGACACAGAAUAAUGUCUUACACUUAGUUUUAGAUAGUACAUGGCAAUAUCUUGAAAUAGAAAGUGAUGAAUUGUUACAGUGUGUAAUAAAAUUAGUUAAAGCUGGGGUAGAUGUCAACCAUAUGAAUGAAGACCAACAAACACCUAUAGAUAUAGCUGCUAGGUGCAGAUUGUAUAACAUUGUUAUAUAUCUGAUAAAUCAUUGUGUUGAUGUACAGUAUACUGAUAAGAAACAGAAUAAUGUCUUACACUUAGUUUUAUAUAGUUACAGAUAUGGUAAAAAGGAAAGAGAUGAGUUGUUACCUUGUGUAAUUAAAUUAGUUGAAACUGGUGUAGAUGUCAACCAUCUAAAUCAAGACCAACAAACACCUAUAGAUAUAGCUGUUAGGAACAGGUGGUAUAAUGUUGUAAUGUAUUUGUUAGGACAUGGGGCACAUGUAUAUUAUAUUGAUGAAUAUGACCAGAAUAUUCUGCACCAUGUAUUAUAUAAUAUACACUGUAUUCUCGAGGAAGACGAGUAUUCAGACGAGGAAGCCGAGUAUUCAGACGAGGAAGACGAGUAUUUAGACAAGCAAGAUUUAGACCCUGUAUUAUAUGAUAUGCAUCGUAUUAACUCGGAAGAUUUAGACCAGUAUACAGACGAUUGGAUUCAGGUUGUUAAAACUUUGAUAAACAUGAGAGUAGAUGUGAACAAACCCGAUAUUGAUGGUAACACUCCGCUGUUCUAUAUAGCAACAAACGAUGAUGCCCUGAUAAACGUAUUAAAUCAAAGUAAUAUCUUCAGAUUACAAUAUAAUCUAUUAAAACAAAGUAAUAUGUUAUGCUUCAGAUUACUCUAUAAUUUGUUUACUGCAUUGAUCUCUGCUGGCUGUAAUGUGAAUCAUCAAAAUAAAGAUGGACAAACGCCAUUAAUGUACUGUACAAGAAGGCAAACUGAUAUCCGUAUCUUAAAACAGAUGAUUCAACAUUCUGAUGUAAAUCUGACAGAUAAUAAUGGUGAUACAGCGUGUAGUUAUUGUGUUCAAUAUCGUGACGUGGAUUGCACUAAUAUAUUUAAACUUUAUUCUCGCGAUGUACUCAUGUCACCUAACAACGAAGUGAAAUUAUUUCACCAGAUUCUUACUUGUAAGAGGUUGGAGCUGUUCAAUUAUUACAUGGGAUUACAGGUGAUUGUUAAUGGUGUUACAACAGAAGGAGAAAAUAUGCUACAUCUGUUAGCUAGAGUAAACUAUGAUUAUUCUCUACAGACGUUUAACUGGUUGUUUAAUAAAAAGCUAGACGUAAACCAUCCAUGUUCUAAAACCAAUACACCUAUUAUGAUAGCUGCUCUGUUAUUGAAUAGUAAAUAUUUAGAACUAUUCACACGUCAUCCUAGACUAGACAUCAAUGCACAGAAUAACAACGGUCACACAGCUCUUCAUCUGUGUAUCAUUGGAUUUACUCUGAUUAAAGAUGGCCUAAAUAACAGACAGGAAAAUGACGUUGUUGAGGAUUACUGUAGACAGAUAUAUCCAAUAUACAUGGAGUGUGUUGAUAUUUUACUGGCUGCUGUUGGUAUAAAUAUAAAUACUCAAGAUGGGAGAGGUAGAACUGCUUUAAUGAUGGCGGCAAUGAAAAACGAUAGAUUUCUUAUAAGGAAAUUACUUAAUGCUGGUGCACUGGUUAAUUACAGUGGAAAAUCUGCUUUACAUCAUCUUGAUAUUUAUGAGAGUGUGUUUGAUCUAAGUUUUAAAUUACUUGUAUCUGCUGGAGAUAAUAUGCUUCUCAAUUUACCCUGUAUUAAUGGUACCACACUGAUCCAAGCCACCUUGUGUUUUCCACGUUGUUGGGAUCCACGUACGGCUGUUAGUUUUAUUAAAUAUUUAGUCGGUGAAAACUGCUGUCUUCAGUCUCUUGUUACAUCUUCAGUUGAAAGUAGUUAUAACCAGAUUGAUAUGAGAGAACUUAGCAGUCAAGAGAGAGGUGAACUGAGAAAACUUUUAUAUCUUGGUGGCGCUCCUGAAAACCAAAUAGUAGCAACAUUAAAUUUUGAGAAGGAAGAUACAAAUGUAGAGAGAGAUGACAUGGAAAGACUAUUAUGUCUUAGAGGUUCACCAGAAGAAGAAAUAGUACAACAUUUAAAUUUCCUGGAAAGAGAUAUAGAUGAUCCAGAUGCCACAUUCAACUCACGACACCGAGAGAUAUUCACUAAGUACUGCUGUAAUAUAUCUCUCAAGUCUCAGUGUAGGAGAAUCAUCAGAAAGAAGCUAGGAUUGGGUAUAAAUGAGAAGGUUAUGGAUCUAGAACUGCCUAGAGAAUUAAACGAAUUUCUCCUGUUAAAAGAUGUUCUUCAUCCUACAGAUUACAACAUAGAUAAUAUUGAUGAUGGUUGUAAUGAUUUUGAUGAUGAUGAUGGUUAUGGUGGCUAUGAUAGAGCUAAAGACAGAUAUGAUGAUUAUAGGCGAUAUAUCUACAAAUAUUACACUUUAAAUACUGACCAUGAGCUGAACAUCGAGUGUACGAAAACCAUGAAAUAUCCCAAUGGUCAACGCUGGUCAUGAUUUAUGUUUUGAUGCAUAUUUUAUAAAAUGUAUCAAAAUGAAAUAGUUGCUUUCUGUUGACGUUAUAGUUGUUACUGGAAGGUGAUGAUUAUAGUCAGAUUAAUUAACAGUAUUUAACACUCACAGCUACUAGUAAAAUUAGCUGAAUGAAAUCCAUAAUCUAAAAUAAAUAGCAUUGUAAAAGUUAUCUCGUGAUUAUCAUUCAGUAAGGUAUUCUCCGGUCACUUUAGACCAUAAAAUUUAUAAUGGACAGGCAUAGAAUCAUGUAUCGUACCCAACAACGCGAACAUUCUGCAGUACGAAGGGUUAAAACUCUACUCUAAUAGUAAGUGCAGGAGGAUCGCACUACAUUGCACCAAAUAAACAAACACCAAAUCAAGUAAAUGGAUCCGUGGACCAGCCGUAAGCGUCCACUGCGCUGUAAGUCCCGGGCAUGUAGUGACACAGACUUCACUCAAAUUUAAAAACAAUCAGAAAUACAAAAAAGAUGUAACCGAAAUAAUGUGACGUCAUGAGUUAGAACGUCAAACAAUUUUAACAAUAAGGGCGAUAAUCCGGAUAGAAUCUCGGAAAACGCUAAAUUAAUAAGUGUAGUGAAGAAACAGGAGCACAACCCGACAACGAGAACAUUCUGCAGUACGAAGGGUUCAAAUAUGACGUCAUUUUAGGUUUGGCGUCAUUAUCGCAUAUCGUCAUUAUGGCGUGAUAAUAACGGCGAGUGCAGGAAGAGACGAUUAUACGGUCAUUUCUGUGUGUGACGUUAGUUGUAUUUUCCGUGAUAUCGCAGACAUUGAUAUAUUCACUGAAUCAGUGAUAUGUAAUACUAACGGAACUAGAACAUUCUAACCCAACUUUUUGCAACUACAUCUGUUUGUUUUGUGAUAUGUCUUUAUUUCAGUUAAUUUUAAUAACCUGAUCAUACAGAUUCUUCAGAGUCUAUGAAUGGAUAUAAAGGAGAAUUCAAUGAUUUUCUUCUAUAAAGAUUAUAACAUGUACUAUAUCGGUUGAUUAUGGGCUAUGAUCAUACAGAUAUAAAGGAGAAUUCAAUGAUUUUCCUCUAUAAAGAUUAUAACACGUACUAUAUCGGUUGAUUAUGGGUUAUGAUCAUCAUUAUCAUUCAUAGUACUUAUGUAUUGUCCCUAUAUAUAAAAUAUAU